CUUAUUAUUAGCUUAAGUAGGUUGGAUGUUAAUAACUGAAUUAUCCUAUUGUUGAAUAACUCAACAAGGAUAAGGCACAGGAUCUAAGUCGAUCAAACAGAUAUCUUACAUUGAAAAUUCCUUAAAAUUCAAUACUGCCGAAUGCUGCCGGCAGACGUACCGUGACAAGAAUUAAAUAUCUUGGCACUCUAUAAAUAUUUAUUUUUCGAUUAAUCCCUGACAUCAUUCAAGAAUUGUUUAUUUUCCAAUUCACUCGUAUCAAAAUAGAAAAGUCACUGAAUCAUCAAAAAUUUGGAGAGUGAAGUGCAGUUACAUCCAUCUUUUAGGGAUAUGCUGCAUCUUGGCUAAAAUUAGCACUAUGAACGUUUAUUCCUUGUUUGCAUUUCUUAUUCUAACGGCAUUAUCUCUUUUGGGAUGGUCGCAAAUUGAUAUCUGCCAUGCAUUCUCGAUCAAAGAAGCUAGCAUUACUGAUCUUCAGCUUGCUUUUAGCCAAAACCAUCUAACGUCGAGGCAGCUGGUCGAGUUCUACAUAGGAGAAAUUUCACGCCUUAAUCCAGUUCUUAAAGCUGUUAUAGAGAUAAAUCCUGACGCACUCUUGGAAGCUGAGAAGGCCGACAAUGAGAGGAACGAGGCAAUUACGAAGUCAUGUUCUUUAUCCAUGUUGCAUGGUAUUCCAAUACUUCUUAAGGAUAAUAUAGCAACAAAAGAUAAGCUUAACACAACUGCUGGAUCUUUUUCAUUACUGGGAUCAGUGGUGCCACGGGACGCAGGUGUAGUGACAAAGCUGAGAAAAUCAGGGGCAAUUGUACUAGGUAAAGCUAGCCUUAGCGAGUGGGCUCAUUCUAGGGCGCUAACGGCACCCAAUGGCUGGAGUCCCAGAGGUGGACAAGGAAAGAAUCCUUAUGUUCUCUCAGCAGACCCUUGUGGCUCCAGUAGCGGAUCAGCAAUAUCAGUGGCAGCAAACAUGGUAUCUGUAUCAAUAGGGACAGAAACCCGUGGUUCCAUUUUAUGCCCCGCCAGCUCUAAUGCAGUUGUAGGCAUCAAACCAACCGUUGGUCUCACUAGCCGAGCUGGGGUCAUCCCAGUUACUCCCAGACAAGACUCCAUUGGGCCAAUUGCUAGAACUGUAGCGGAUUCUGUUCAUGUUCUUGAUGUUAUUGUAGGCUUUGACCACAAUGAUGCAGCUGCAACUCGUGCAGCAGAAAAAUUAAUCCCUCCUGGUGGUUAUACUCGAUUUCUGAAAGUAGAUGGCCUCAAGGGCAAGAGAUUGGGAAUAGUGAGGGAACCAUUCUUCAAUUUCACAGAUAAUCCUGCUUUGGCUCAAGCUUUUGAGAAACAUCUCCAAACACUCAGGCUACAAGGUGCAGUCUUGAUAGAUAAUGUGAACAUAGCGAACAUUGAGACAAUUUUAGACUUUAAUCUGAGCGGUGAAGCAUCAGCAGUAUUGGCUGAAAUGAAGAUAGCCUUAAAUGCUUAUCUACAAGAGCUAGUUGAUUCCCCUGUUCGAUCUUUAGCAGAUAUAAUAAUCUUCAAUCAAAACAAUUCUGAACUGGAAAUGCUCAAGGAAUUUGGUCAAGAUAUAUUUUUGGCAGCUGAAGCAACAAAUGGAAUUGGGGAAACAGAAUUGAAAGCUUUGAGGAAUUUAUCAAGAUUAACAAGAGAUGGAUUCCAAAAGUUGAUGAAAAAGUAUAAGUUGGAUGCAUUGGUAACUGCUGAUUCUGGUGUUGCUGCUGUUGUUGCAAUUGGUGGAUUUCCAGCAAUUAGUGUGCCUGCUGCAUAUGACAAAGGGGUGCCUAUUGGCAUUUGUUUUAGUGGGUUGAAAGGGUCUGAGCCUAAAUUAAUUGAAAUUGCCUACGGCUUUGAGCAAGCAACCCUGGUUAGAAAACCUCCUACAUUUUUACCCUGAUUUAUUA